AUGGGGCUGCUGCCGGAGAGCAAGGCUCAGGGAACCGGUCCGGUGCUGGGAGCAUCAGAUGAGCACUCUGUCGACCUUGCGAGGGUGAUGGGGCCAGUUCAGGUCGCACCCAGGCCCAUGGAGCCCCUGUCUUCCCCGUCGGCGCACUACGCCGGGGACUCGCACUCGGCGAUGCGCACGACGGCGCUAACCACGCUCCCACUCGUCGCAACCAACCGCGCAGAGAGAGGGGAGAGAAAAUCCAAGUUUCACCCUAAAAUCUCGACCGUCUCUCGGCGGCCGCCGUCCGGUUCCGAGCUUAAGGACGCCGCCAGAUUUCCUUCAUCGUCGGCAACGAGGCGUUGGAGAAGAGGCACUCCACCACCGACAUCGAUGGCCGAUCCUCGUCGCUCACCGGAAAGUCUACUGUGUUUGUGGCCUUUAAUUGCAUUUAAGCCUCUUGAUAGUCUUAGGACGGGGGAGAUUGCACUCAAUGGUAGUCAGCGUAAAUGGGCUGCCGCCAAUCUCGGCGGACGAGUGACGGUUUCCAGAUAUCAGCCUCCAGCUGAUACUGCUAGCUUCAACCUGGUAUUCUUAGCGCUUGAUUUGACUACUAGCCUCACUAUACGAAAAGCGACCGAGCUUAAGGCGGAUGAGUUUGGACGAUAUCUCAAGAACCGCUAUUCAGGGCAGGUGAUUUCACCGGGUCAAAUAGUGUCAACUCGCUUCGAGAACAUCAAGUAUGCGUGUAGGGUGACUCUGUCUAUUGGGGCUGAUCACAUGAACCCACAAGGUUUCCUAUCUAGAGAUACUAACAUCGCCUUUGAGGCAGCUGCUGGUCGCAUUAAGAUUGUAAAUCAAGAUCCCAGACCUCCACCAAUCAUUAAGGAUACGAUUGAUUUGAAAAGAAUGGGUAUUGGUGGUCUGAGCCACCACAUUGGGAUUCGCAAUGUCAGAGGCAUGCUACUUUUUGGUCCUCCGGGGAAUGGGAAAACUAUGAUUGCUCGUAAGGUUGCAAAUUUGCUGAAUGCAAAAGUGCAGACUGUUAGUGGUCCAUCUCUUCUGGAUCCAUACUUCGGUACGACAGAAAGGAACGUACGAGAAUUGUUUGAACCUAUCAUAAAGGACCAGGUCAAGCUUGGAGAAAAAAGUCCAUUGCAUGUGAUAAUCUUUGACGAGUUCGAUGCGAUAGCGAUGAAACGAGGAAGGUCUAGUGGCUCUGGACACACUGACAUUAUGGUUAAUCAGUUGCUUACAAUGAUGGAUGGGCUGACCCCUCUGGACAAUCUUUUAGUCUUUGCAACCACUAACCGUAGGGAUCUUAUUGACGAAGCAUUUCUCAGGCCGGGUCGCCUGGAGAUUGAGAUUGAGAUUGGCCUUCCCGAUCUAGCUGCAAGACAAGAAAUCCUGGAGAUUCAUACUGCAAAGCUUCUGGAAAACCAUUAUCUUGAUGGUGAUGUAUCAAUUGAAAAUCUUGCUCAUCGUACCGACGGUUACAGUGGUGCGAUGCUCGAAGGGGUGGUGAAGUCUGCCGUGUCAGCAGCGCUGCAAAGGAAUAUUGCUCCCAAUCAUUUAGUCUGGACUGGCGAUUACAAUGCUUUCAAAGUUCUGGAAAGUGACUUUGUGGCAGCAGUGACUGAGAACAUACUGCGGCAUUGGUUUGGACUCUUGAUUUGCAAAAGGUUCCGUACUGGUGGGGUUGGGACUAAGUGUCCACGUGUCUCUAUGUCGGGCGGCCAUGCAUACACGUUUGGACGCCUUUCGCGAGCUAGAAACUCAGAAGGGAAAAAGAAAUCUGUGGCUUGGCAGCAUUUCACAAUGGUGGCUGAAACGAUAGGUACAGAUAUGCCUAAGGCUGCUUGCAAUUAUUGCAAGAAGGAAUAUUUUGCUAAUGGCGGUGAUGAAGAUGGAGGGGACCAAGAUGUCAUUAGUGUGCAGAAUGAGAUAUCUAUUUGCACAAGGGGUAGAGGAAGAAAGAGGCUCAGAAUGCUUGGUCCACCUUCUAGUGAGGACUGGAAAGACGCUAAGUGUUUAACCGAGUUUUUGAGGCUUUUCUACAACGCCACUCUUAAGCUUUCUGGUGCUCAGUAUACUACUUCUAACCAGUUUUUCCACGAGCUUGUCGCUUUGCAGCAAAACAUCAUGACCAUGACUGAGAGUAAUGAUCGAAUAUUGAGUUCAAUGGCUUUCAGAAUGUUGUCCAAGUUUACCAAAUACUGGUCGAUUAUGUGAACUCUUUGUUGCACAUAGCUGUGGUCCUAGAUCCAAUAUAUAAGCUAAAAUAUGUGGAAUACUGCAUGACACGACUUUGCGGAGAGAAAAAGGCUGCUGAGUUUGCAGAAGAUCUUGAGAAAAAGCUGGUUGAGCUGUAUGAGUAUUAUUUGGAAGAAAAUCCUAAUUCUGGGCACUCUAAACAUGCUACUUCCGCUGCUAGCCUUGAUAUUUCUGCUGAUUUACUGAAUACAGAUCCUGCAAAAGCUCUUAGACUUUAGUUUGCAAAGGAACAUGCAUCUUCUGCUAGCAUUGGAGGGAAGUCAGAAGUUCAGCGAUACCUUUCUGAAGUUGCAGAGGGGGAAACAGAUGCAUUUGACAUUUUAUUCUGGUGGAAAAUCAACUCUUCCAAGUAUCCAAUCAUAGCACUUAGCACGAAUUGCAAAAGAUGUGCUUGCUGUGCCUGUAACAAGUGUGGCUUCGGAGUCAACAUUCAGCACUAGGGGUCGUGUACUUGAUGCAUAUCGGAGCAACUUAGUACCAACUACUGUGGAAGCAUUGAUUAGCUGUCAAGAUUGGUUGAAAUCUUCUGGACACUCCAUAGGGGUUCAUAAUGCAUUCCCUGGUAUCGAAGCAUAAGAGGAUUAAGAAGAUCAUGGAUAUGCUCCUGUUGAUCUUGUUCCUUUGGGGAUGUUGGAGACUUGGAGUCAAUAAAAGGGACCAAAAGGGAACAAGUCAGAACUCGAACUCAGAAGCAACAGAGGAAUGGGCACUAUUGGGUGGCGCCUAACAUUUGAAAAUGUAAAGCGCCUAGGUUGGCCAGGUGCUUCAAAUGAGGGCACCAAAGAUUGAGGUGCCAACGACGAGAAAAAAGGGGUAUUCGGCAGACGCCUAGGCUAAAAGGAGUAUGUCAAAGGUGCAGGCCAGCAUUGGUGAGUCAGGAGCCCAUGAUGGGAGUACAAGCACGCGCAGACCGGUUCGACAAAAGAAGACGAUUGAAAGGCCAAAGGGGGUUAGGCGCCUGCAACAAGUGAAUUCUUAGGUACGCGCGGAGUGGAUGGGCGCUAUUGGGGCGACGCCUAACAUUUGAAAACGUAAGGGCGCCCCGAUUGAAGGGAAUGGGGAGCAUCAGUGCCACUAAAUGACGAUCAAUCUUGGGAGUAUUACUAGAAUGAGCGCCUCUCAAAAGGUGUGUGAGAAACGCCAAUCGAAUAGGAAGCAACAAGUGCGUCAAAGGGCGUAGUUAGGCAUUUAAGAAGUGAAGGUUGAGCGCCUAAUUGGGGGGUAAUUGUUGGGGGUAUUACGUGGGCCUGCCCAAAUAUGGGCACAAUAUGAUCUAGUAGAAGAAGAAAAAGCUCCAUUAUGAGGUAGGCCCAUGGGUAGUCCUAUUGGGUCGGGUCCAUGCAUGAAGUGGGCAACCUAAAGACAAAACUCAGGAAACUCAAAAGAAGUACGGAUUGCCUAUGUUCCCCCUGUUGGGCGCCUAUCAAUUGUCAGAGGCCUGACAUGUCGGUCAGGGGCCUAGUCUGACAGAAGUUUGGAGCAUUAAAUGUGUCGCUAGCGUGGAGCUGGGUUGAAGGAGCCCGGUCUAGAGUUGGGUGAGAGUAAAUAGGGCCGGUAGGUAGCAUUUAUAGAGGGGGACUUUCACACUAAAAAACUAGAGUUAAACACUUCUCUAUCUAAACCCCGGACUAACUUGAUCGUCAGAGGAUUAACGGGCCCAGGCGCCCACCUCUGUGUGCAUCUGUGCAGGCCAGACGCUUAGGAAUCAGUGAGCAAGGAGUGUGUGGCGAAGAAGCAGACUCUCGGGUAUCCGGGAAUAAACAUAAACCAUGCCAAACUUCUUUCACAAAACUGCA